AUGGGCACGCAGAAUCUGCGGGUGCACGAAGAAGCUGGCAUUGCUGCCGGCUGGCGACCAAAAGAGGCGGACCAUGGUACCCAGGGGAGCGUCGGAGUCGUGCCGCUGGGCUGCGUCCUCGAGGCAAGCAACAGCCCUCGGGUAAAGGCCUCGCGGAAACUGCCUCGCGACGGGGGCAAGUUUGCAACAUCUGCAGAUCAGGUCGGGAAUGCCGCAAGGCAGCGUCCGACAGGAGACGGACCGUGGCAGCGGGUAGACGCGAUAGCGCGCAAGCCGCUGGCGAUGCCGCCGGGGCCCUUGUUCCGCGACGGGGGCAGAUCGAUGCUGUCCGCGGCGGGGCCGAGCCGCGAUAGUCCCUGGCGCGGCCUGGCGCCGGCCGCCUCCCCGCCCCCGCGCGGCGCGGGCGCCCCACGGUGCCCUGGCCGCUGCCUGCAGGUGGAAGUCAGGCAUGCCUCGCCCGGCGGCUCGCCGCACGGCGCGCCCUCCUCGCCCAGCGGCGGCGCGGAGCCACCGCGGGCGGCGGCCCCCGGCUCCGGGCCCCCCUCGGCCUGGAAGCGCACCUCCGUCGCACCGGAGCUGCCUGAGGGCGGCUCUCCGCGGCGGGCGCUGCCGUCGGUAGCCGCCUCGGCGGCCGCCUGGCCGUCGCGAGGCGGCCCGCGGCCGAGGCCGCGCGUGCUAACGGCGGUCGAUCAGACGACGCCGCAGCCGCCUCGGUCGCCAUCGCCCGCCCGCCGCGGGAGCCCAUCGAGCAUGCACGUGGAUCCGUGGUGCCACUACGGCCCUCAGCCUCAGGACACGCGGUUGCGGAGCAAGGGCCGUGGUGGUUCCAAGCCUGGCCGGAAGGCGGAGCCGCCCGCCCCGCCAGGGGACGAGCGCCUCCGCGUCGAGUGGCUCGGAAGAGCGCGGAGGGCUUCGCAGAGGCGCGGCCAGCUCGCGGCCAGGGGCGGGAGGCAGCUUCUGGCUGGCGGCGGCAGCCCCUGGCUGCCUUGCGGCAGCCUUGGGCGGGCCAGCGCGAAGCUGGAGCUUCUGGCGGAGGGCGCCAGGGGCCCGCUGGCCGAAGGAGAAGAGGCCGCCAGCGGCCUCAGGGCCGCUGCGCGGGGGAAGCCCGCGAUGCCGCCCGCGUCGCCGCCGGGCCGGAGGGGUCCCUCUGGCGAGGCGCUGGCGCUGCCGCCGAGGAGAGCCCGCCACGGCGCCUCCCCGCAUCGCUCCCGCGAGGCGGCGCCCGUCCCGAGCCCCGUGGGCGCCGCCCUCGGCGGCGCCGCCAGCGGUCAGGGCCUCCUGCGGCCCCCGGCAGUCUCUCUGCCGUCGGCUCGCGCAGCGUCGCCGCGGUGCUCGAGGUUCAAGGCCGCGGCCGCCGGGGCCGUCCCGGUCCUGGUGGAGACCGUCAUCGGCUACCUGCACUCGCAGGCGGACGGCGGCGAGCCGCGGCCUGCGCUGCCCUCGCCGCGACGCCCGGCGACCGCCCCGGAGCCCGCGCGGCCGCCGGCGCGCGCACCGCCGGAGGGUGGCGGGCCCUCAGCGCCGGAGAGGACAGCCGUGCUCGCGGCCGCGGCCGCGCGGCACGGCGAGGGCCGAGGCCCGGCGCCGACGCACGCCGAGUGCGGCGGGGCCCCGUCGCCCGAGGCGCAGCGAGGCGACCCGCUGGGCCGAGGCGACGCGUCGGCGUGGCCGCUCGGCAGCUCCGAGCCCAUGUCGCCCAGUCUCGCCGCCGUGGGGCGCACGGAGGCCUGCAUCCGCACCCGCCGGUCGGUGUACAGGUCGGUACUCCAAAACAGGGUUGCGCGCAUCCCCGCGAGGGUAUCCUUUGGCGCGUGCUCCAGCCUCCGGACCGGGAGCCCCGUGCAAGGCUUCGGGCAGGACGCGCAGCAGGGCGCUCCGCGGCAGGGCUCACCCAGCCGCGGCGAGGAGGCCGCGGGGGAGCAGCCCAGCGCGGUGGACGAGGGGGCGGAAGAGCCGGCCGUGGAGCGGCAGGCGGGGGACGCCACCGGGCGUCUGCGGGAGACGGCCUGGGCCGACAUCUUCCGCAAGCUGCAGGUGGACGGGGAGGUGCACUGCGACGACCUGGAGACGGCGGUCUACCUUUGCGGCCACGUGCUGCCCGACCGGCAGUGGAUCCUGGAGAUCUUGGGGCAGCUGACGCGGUACUCCAGGGUCGGGUUCGAGGAGUUUCUCGAGUUCGGCCAGAGGUACAUGGAGAGGCAGCGGAGGGCCUACCUCGAGGCGUUCCAGGAGCAGGGCCGCGGCUCCAGGGUCACGUCCGUAGACGUGGUCGGCGUUCUGGACAGCCUCGGGCUGGCUCCCCUGGAGCACGUGGUUGCCGAGUUGCUGCCCGAGGUGGGCGUAGAGCCGGGCGGUACGCUGGAGGAGAGCCAGUUCCUGGAGCUGGCAGAGCUCCUAUCGCUGCGGGAGGGCUUCACCCUCAGCGAGUUUCAGGAGUUCAUGGACAUCUUCACCCGCUUCGACUGGGACUGCUCAGGUCAGCUUGAUCUCCGGGAGUUCGGGGCCGUUCUCACAUUUCUCGGCUACUCGUGGGGCCCCCACCGGGCGGCCGAACUAGUCACGGAGGUCGACGUCGACCAGAGCGGGAGUCUCAACGAGCGCGAGUUCCUCAUGUGCAUGAGGCUGAUCCGCGAGCACGAGAUCCGCGCCAUGCAGCGGGCCGCGUCGGAGCACCCCCACAGGCCAGACUUGGUGCUGUCGAGCCUGGACCUGCUCUGCCCGGAACCAGACCUGCUGCUCGAGUGCCUCGCCGACGCGGGCGCCCGCGAGCCGCAGGGCGCCCUGGGCCCCAGCGCCCUGUGGCGUAUGGUGCGCGCCUACCGGCUGCGCAGCGGGUGGAGCGCCUCGUCGACCCAGGAGUUCCGGGCCCUCUUCGACAGGCAGGACCACGAGGGCUCUGGCGAGGUCUGCCCGUCCAGGCUGGGCCUUCUGCUGCGGCAGACGGGCCGUGUGCACCCCUUCGACCAGCAGCGGAGGUGCUUCGAGAGGGUCGCGCCGUCGUUCGACGGGCUCUCGUUCCCGCUGCUGUCCUUCGACAUGUUUCUGAAGGUAGUUCACCUGCUGCGGCAGGGCGACCUUGCUGAGUACAAGCGGCGCUUCAUGGAGCUGCUUGGCCAGGAGCGCGCAUCCUGCACGACCAGGGAGAUCGCCCUGGAGCUCCUCGCGGAGCUUGGGCUGGACGUGGACGGGUACGACCCGGGCGACCUGUCUGCCCAGGUGGACCUCUGCGGCUUCCUGGGCACGGCCGACCACUUGGCCGCCAGGGAGCGCGACGCCCGCGUGCUGCUGAGGGGCUUCUCCGCCGAGCAAUUCGGCAGCAUCACGCGUUUCUUCCGGGCGCGCGCCACCGACGGCACGGUGAGCGCCAGGGACCUUGCGGCUAUCCUCGAGCAGGUCUACCCAGACCUGGCCACGGGCGAGAACUUCCGCGCCUACAUCCAGAGGGCGAUGGUGGAGGACCCGGACGAGGACCCCCUCGAGUUCGGGCGGAUCGCUUACGAGCGCUUCGUCCAGAUCGUGGAGAUGUUCGGCGCUUUCCAGGACGAGGAGCGCAUGAAGAAGGAGGAGGCCGCGAGGCG